CAACCUUCAACCUGAUAUUCCUCCCUCUGACCCCAAACUAUCGCUCUGUAUCCGGGUAUCUGGUCAAACGGUCAACGAAAUGGCUACUGUAGUCCCGCUGAGGCAUCCGUCCGCUACGGAGGGGGUUUAUCCGUUCGCUUAAACAAGGAGGUCUGCUUCGGAACAAUUGUGAGCCUGCAUGACAACUGGGGACGAGUGUCGAGGCGGCCGCUCGCCGUGGAUUCGAUGCCGGUAUGAUAAUAUUGGGGUCUGACACUCUGCUCUGCCCUGCUCUGCCCUGCUCUGCCCUGCUCUGCCCUGCUCUGCUCUGCUCUGUGUUCUACGAUGCUUGAUGUUGGAGUUGUCCUACCGGUACUUUUUUGACAAUCCCGAUUCCUGAUUCAGAAUUUUCAUCAAAAUGCGGGGGGAAGGAAGUUGACAAAGUUGUGUGGGGAAAGGAACCGAAGCGUGUAUCAGUGGCUGAAACGCUUGGGUUUCCAAAGGCCAACGCCACUGCCAGCAAACGUCAUACCGCAAGCCUCGUUUUGCCAACAAAACAUUCAUGCACAUCCAGCGAAGUUAGGCGGGCAGGCAGUUUUGGUCCGGGGCAGAAAACCAGCUCGGUUCCCGCUACGAAGUCUUCUCGCUCUACCACCGAACCCUCGACUCGAGUUAUUUGCACUAGACCAUACUAUUUUGUAUGAUACAACACCAGACCUAGACCUAGACCUAGAUUACUACUGCUGCCUUGUCCUCGAGCAAUUCCCCCGCUGCUGCCCUACUCGAACAAGCAUCAGACCGAAAAGUUUCACCGAUUACCCUUAGAGAACAUCCACCCUCUAUGACCCGGCGUCCAGCAGCUGCCCCCUCUCUUCCGCAAUUAUCUUCCUCCUCUUCUCCAUAUCCAACCCUCAGUAUGUCCCACCUAGAACCGUGCGACAGCUCACCAAACACGUCCCCCCGCUCCACUGUAGCCACCCGACGCUCCUUAACCCCGCGCGCCACACCCCCGCGUCGCCGUCGGGUAAUUUCCACCAGCGCUACCCGCCGCCGAACGAUCAUUCCCAGACAAGAAGCUCCGGCGCCACCCGUGCCAUCCGCUUUCUUCGUCCCCGCUCCCGCUUCCGAGCCGUCGACCUCUAACCCCCCAGCACCCCCUCGCUUUGAACUCGGCGACUUCGGGGACGCGCCUCAGAAUAUCUUCCGCACUGCUGGGUCAUUGCUGGGAUUCCUUUCCGAGGUGGUGUUUACGGGGCUGGGAUUGUUGAAGAAACCGCUCAUAUAUAUCUUUUAUAUAUACCUCUUCGUAGUGGUGCUAUGCUACGCUUUUCAAUUUGUGGCGCAGAGCUUGUACCAGUUACUAUCACCUAUAUGUGCGUUGCCUGGGGCGUCGUUGCUGAACGUACCCAUCUGCGACUUCGCCAGCGCUAGCACUGGUAAUGGCGACGACGGGAACCGUAUCCCACAAACCGACUUUCCGAAACUGAUAAACCUGCAGGCUAGCUUCGAAGACAUUCUCGAGAGCAGUGCGGGGGGCAGUAGCAUGGCCCUGGACCUCAAGAACUCUGAAGUCGCUGUGCGGGACCUGAGCAUGCUCGUGCGCGCGAGCAAGCUGGUAAAUAGGAACGAGCUAUCAGAGAAACUGGACGACUUUGUCCAAACCGCGAAGCAGACAUCCCGUGGCCUUACCCGCUUCGGCUCUAGGGUGAACGGGGUCGUGGACAGCCUCCUGGCAAUGGAUGAAUUCGCCAUUCGGUCAUUAGAAAACGCCCAGCUAUCCUCCACAACGACCGACUCCCCCCCCUCUAUCGCCAGCGCAGUAUCACGGAUCGUCCUAGCACCGCUCCACAUCCUAGUCCCGCACAACCAGCAAAAGACCCAAUCCUCAAUCCUAAAAGCCUUCCUUCAAGCCUCUACCACAAUGGACACCUCGAUCCAACGCCUAAUCUUGGAGGCAGAACUAGUCCUGCGCGACCUAGAUGACCUGGAAAACCGCCUCUCGACCAUCCAAGACAUGGCCUCGCGCGAGGACUCAGUCCUUCAGGAGAAACACCAGGAAGUCCUUGCAGAGCUAUGGUCAUUCCUCGGCGGCAACCGCCGCAAACUCGCCAACUUUGCCUCCCACCGGAGUCUGCUCGCCAACAUUGCUACCUAUAGGAGUAGAGCCCUGGCGCACGUAUCCGCUUCGCUGAUACGGCUGCAACAGAUGCAGUCGGAUUUAGAGGACCUUAGAGAUAGAGUCGCACAACCGGCUAUGCUCCGCGACACACAGGGCGAGGGGGAGACCGCAGGGGAGAUUCCGUUGGAGGUGCAUGUUGAGAGUAUCCGGAAGGGUGUUGAGAGGUUGAACCGUGGGAGGGAGAGGGUUAAGGGGAAGGAGAAUGAUUAUGUUAGGAAGAUUCUUGGCCAGCACGACGAGGCAAUUAAAGUGUUGGACGCUGGGCGAUGAGUAUUGGGGGAACUGAGGUGUGCACAGGGUGUAAUGAUAAGUCUUGGGUUUCUGGGAUUGAUGGCGUACGGGUUGGCAUGAUAGAUAUCAUCAGGCUUCCGGAGUUGCGAUGUCUUAUUAUGCACGGUUUAUAAAAGUUACUUGGGUGAAGGGUUCCGGAGCAAUACGCGGGAUGAUGCACGAGUGAAUGAAUGAAUUGACUAGAUGGGAGACGGCGGCAGUGGCAUUUGCAUGUACUGUACAGUACAGUACGUACUCGCGCAUUGGGGAAAUUCUAUUUCUUUUCCUUCUUCCCCCAGCGCACCACUCUCCCACCCAUUCAUGAUAUAAUAAUUAUUGUGAUAUUAUGUAAAAUAUACACACCAUCACCAGA